AUGGUCAUACGCCUUGCCAUAUCCUUCUACACGGCCCUCGCAGCGGCGGCCUCCUCGCAACAACAACAACCCCUUCUGGGAGAUCUCGCAUACAAAGUGGGCGACAAGAUACCCGUUCAAUGCUUGAACCGAAGCGUUGAGACGGGCGAGCACAUCACCGAUGCCAACCACCAACUCGUCUACGUCCCGGCCUUCACCUGCAACGAAACCGGCCGACCGCUCGAACUCAUCUUUGGCGUGGAAAAGGACAUCAACUGCACCAUCGACUUCAUCAGCGACCCUUUUUUCCACUUACUCGAAUACUACGUCCACAACGAUGUACCUCUCACCUGUCGAAUCCCGACCAAACCGCUCGCGCCGUCCGUGUUGAAGCAGGAAUACGAAAAGAGCACAAAGGAUUUGACAGAAGGACAAGGCAGUCUCAGCGACAUUUACACGCCCAUGAUCAUCGCCAUGGCGGGGACUCUGCAACUCAGUCAUUUGCACGUUGCGACACAUAUGAAUGUGCUCGUGCACGCUGCACCGAGGGGAAUUGCACCAGGCACGAUUGCUGCUGCGACGGCCUAUAGUAUCUCACGAGAUCCUCCGAGUAGGGUCGUGAUUGGGGACCCUCUGCCGUUGCAGUUUAGUGUCCGGUGGUAUCCGAACACGUUGCUGCCGAGUGGAUGGACGGGCGUGGGAGGGCAUUUGACGUUUAGCACGGUGGUGUAUUGUUUCUUGACGGCAUUGGCGACCGCGGCCAUUUGUGUGGCUUAUUUCAGAGGUAUUGAGUUGCCGAGGAGGUUGAAGAACCAUGGUCGAGACAGAACCAGUGGAGUGGAGAGGGGCGGAUUAGGAAGCGGUUUGGGUGGUUAUGGCAUUGUAGGUGCUGCAAAUGGUUAUGGCUAUGGUAUAGGAAAACGUGACUAGAAGAGAUAUGGAAAUGAUUUUUGAGAAGAAUUGCCCACUCCCGCAAGCAGGACUCGUUGUGGAUAUGCGAUCUGGGAGAAUUGGCACAGACAGUGAGGAUCUGUCUGGAGGAAGUCUUCUACACGCACAAAUUGAGCCACUCGACUAUUCCUUGCUCUCCAAGACAAUUACUACCUCCUAUUACAGCGAAUCUCGGCUAUACUUCACCUCAGCUUCGUGUUCUUAAGCACAUACAAAGGUCCAGUCAGACUUUAGUUGGACAGGGCGGGCAGUCGAACUUCUGUCGUACAGCUACCAGGGGGUGAACUGCGGCUCUGAACGUCCCGCAGGCUUUGCGGGGACUCGAGGAGUUGCUAUUAGGCUACGAAAUUUCGUAUUUAGGGUGGCCCCUAUACUGCGAACUUGUUGGAGCUGGAGUGCUGGUGUCGAGUCACGUGUGGUCUUGUCUGAGAGAGGGGAGACUUGGUGACAACGUGGAUAAGCAAUCGAGCCCACCCGCUGUGGCAGAAUUCUCACUCGUUGCUGGUAUCCUUUCAAGCCUCAUGCAUCUAACGCAACAUCUCGAUACCUGGCUGCGGUAGAGGGAUCGCGGUUUCGAAACACGAGUGCGAUACUGGCUCGAGAAGGCAACAGGGGCAUUGGCCUGGACGACAGUGGUGGCAUGUGCACUGCUCUCUGUGAGAUGCUGUGUACCUCAUGUCCCUCUCCGUCAUAGAGAACAAGCCUCUUAGGCUGCAAUGCUUGGCAGAGUAAGCUCGAGUACGUAGGUAGCUCAUUCAUCCUCUACGUCGUCCAGCCUGCUGCUCUCGCCUUCCAGAAACGCCAGAUUCUCCAGCGACAAGUUCGCGCCAGCAUUCAUCGCCUUCUGAAACGUCUCUUUGGCUUUGGCGUGCUCCAUCUGAGCUUGCAUUUGGUGCCGAAUCUGGAAAGGUUGAGACUCGCCUGGUUCGUCGUCCUCGUCCUCCUUCUCCACGUGGCUAUCGUCCUUCAUCCUAGCCAGCGCCUUGUGCAGAUCUGCAAGCCAUAAGCUGACCAUGCCCCUCAGCUCCAACAAUUCUGCGCUAGUGUCGUAUGGAGGGUUCGAGAGCAAUUCUUCUAAUUUUUGCACGAUUGGCGAUGCUUCCUGGAGCUCACGAGAGCGGAUUUGACACAGCGCCUGCUGAUGCUCUGAGUUGUCACUGCGCUCACUGUGCACGUCACUGUAUUCAGCAGCUUCCAUGGAGUCUAAAGAUGCCACGAGCUGUUGCCGAGCCCGCCUCGAUCGUUCUUGCACCUCGAAGAUCCAUAUAUUGAGCAGUGUUGGAUGUAUAGCCCACGCGCUGAUUCUGGAGUAGUGGGUUCCUUGGAGUUGUGGAUGUUGUAGUACCAGUCGCCCGUAGUACUCUCGCGCGAGCUGAAAGUUGCUGUCCGGGAUCACUACUGAUCGAUGUGACUCACUGUCGUCGGAGCCUGCUACACUGUUCUCGUAUGUUUGCUCCUUUCGCAUCAGCAAUUCCGCUCCGAUCAUCCAUCGGCCAUGCUUUCUGAUGUCUGGGCCAUCUCCAGCAAUCUCGGUGCGAAGAAUCAAUCCCCACGCUCGCGUAGCGCGCUUCCAGUCCUGUCGGAGCAUGCAUCGAUGCAGGAUCGCAGUCAAAUUGUCGAGAUGUCGACCUCUCAAGGAUCCAGCAGGGUCGUCCGGGCUCUUCUUUAGUAGGUAGAUGGGAGGGUUCAGCUGAGCCAAGUCUUCCUCGACGUUCCGUUUCUCCACAACGGUCUCCGAAAAAGCCGCGUGAGGAAAAUUCCUUCCUGGGAGAGGUAUCUCUCGUGACCAACCAGCUACAUUGUAAGGAUCCUUUUGGUUGACCGGGUGCAGCACGCGUGGCGGUUGUUCCGCCUUGUCAGGCUGCUCGUCGUCUGAUUUCGGACUGCCAUCUUCUGCUUCUGCUUCGCUUUUUUCAUCAUCAUCGUCGUCGUCGUCAUGGUCAGCAUCUUGGCCUCGCUUGCGUUUGCGCCCACGCUGUCGCUCGCGUGAGAGGAUUGAGCGCUGCGAGUUGGACAACCUGUAGACAGGCGCGAAAGACGCCAUUAUGUAUCUUGUGCUUCACACCUUCGGGUCUGGCGGCUAUCCGCUCGGCAAUGUACACAUGUCAACGAGCAGUUCGGGCGCGUAAGCCGACACUCAGAACCAGGAAGCACCCUGCCGUCACGCUCGUCUCAGACAAUGACGACGAGUUGCCGUGGGCAGUGUGGCCGCGCCGUCGCAGAGCUGCCCGUGGAGCACUCCAGGAGGGCAGAGGGCAGGAUGCGGCGGAGUGGUGACGCCAAGUUUCAGAGGCGAAAGUCACUGCAGUGACAGCGUGCGACAGUCGGUCAAUACCGUAGUCUGUCU